AUUACACCCAGUAUAAAACCACUUGUUUAUGAGACGACGGUAAAACAAGGCCCUGAGCCGGGUGUUGGAACCUGGGGUUUCACACUGGAUCCCGUAGCAGGCAACACGACCGUUAGCAUUAAAGUCACUUCUCAAGGUGUUUCUCUAACACUCACGGAUGUCAUUUUUGGCGAUGUCUGGAUUUGCUCUGGACAAUCCAACAUGGCGUUUACAGUUAUAAUGAUGUACGGCGCUGCUGAAGAACUAGAGGAUGCCCACAACUAUCCACUGAUCCGAUUGAUGACAGUGGAAAACGCCAACUCCACAACCCCUUUGUAUGAUCUUGCUGAGAUUAAACAGUCUUGGACAACACCAAGCAACGUGAGUCUAGGAGGCCCAAUCUGGACAUAUUUCUCCGCUGUGUGUUGGCUCUAUGGGAAAGCCAUACACAGAGCUCUGGGCUACCCUAUUGGCCUCGUAGCUACGUCGUACGGCGGAACACCAGUGGAAGCCUGGUCGUCUCAUCAGUCACUCGCCAGAUGUGGCGUGGAUAAGGAGAGACAUUACACAGAAGAUGAAAUUUCUUUUUCAAACAAACCUCUUGAACAUUCUUUCGAGAACCACCAUAAAUUACCACAAGAUCGACUAGGAGGUCCUUCAAACAAUUCUGUUUUAUGGAAUGCGAUGGUCUAUCCGCUUCUCGGAAUGACGAUCAAAGGUGCUAUUUGGUAUCAAGGUGAAAGUGAUGCAUCCGGGACGAGGUUAGUCCAUUACAAUUGUACUUUCCCAUCGAUGAUCAGAGACUGGCGUCAGAACUUCCACAACUUUUCCAACGGAGAAACAGAUCUUGAAUUCCCGUUCGGGUUUGUGCAGCUGGCUGGGUAUCGACCUAACUCAACUACAACCAGGGGGUUCCCCGAUAUCAGAUGGCAUCAGACGGCCGACCAAGGCUACGUGCCAAAUAACGACAUGCCCAAUGUCUUCAUGGCGGUCGCCAUGGACCUUCCAAAUUUCAAUUCCACCUAUGGCCCAAUACAUCCCCAGUACAAGAAAGAAGUAGCAGACAGACUGGCUUUGGGUGGACUUUCGGUUGCCUAUGGACGCAACCUAGUUUAUCAAGGUCCCUUUCCCGUGAGACAAGAAGUAACCUCAAGUGGGGUUGUCAUUUCAUACGGCAACACCUGGAACGUUACAGUUCGAACACCAGAUGGCUUUGAGCUUUUGUGUGUCAGAGGUACAAGAAGCACAUGGACAAAAACACAAAUUGUCUCGAACAAUCAGACUUCGGUAAUCCUGGGGCUGACGUGCAGUGCAGGACAACAGGUUACCAGUGUACGAUAUGCCUGGAAGGAAACGCCGUGUGACUUCAAGAAAUGUGCCAUUUAUGAAACUACAAAUGAACUGCCUGGUCCACCAUUUUUGUUGAACAUUUCAGCCGACGAUAAUAUUACCAGUUAA